UGCAUGCUUGCAGUUCGUGACUUGACCCCUCCUCCGCCGUGGUUAAUAUUGAACACAGCGAAGCCUACACACGACGCGCUGAUAAAUGGCUCACGUUACCUCACAUUUCACUUGCCAUUCACAAGGGGCGUUUUAUUGAAGUCACGCACCACGACCGUGUGCGAUACAAAGAGAUUCAGUUACCGGCGGCUUGUUCAUGAAUUUGCAAUAAACGCACGGCUGGGACAAUGUACUACGUGCUCUGACACACUUCCAUAUCACUGCAACUCAAGAUGAAUCAAGGGGUCAGAUUCGGCACAAGACGGCGACGACUAACGUUCGUGUUUACACUGUGACCACUGCUGCUUGUACCGCACUAAUUUCAGCCGUUCUCGGGGUAAUCGUCUACGCUGACAGCACAUGGUAACCAUGACGGACUCUGUUAGGAAUGAUGGAACCCAGCCACUCCCCCCUCUGUCCAAGCUGAAGCUCUCUCUGCCCUACAAGGCACUCAAAGCAUGGCUGGCCCUAGCGGAGCAGGAACACUGCAAGUUUGUGGCGGCUGAUCAGGAAGGUCAUUUUGCAUACCAGCUGUACAUGAACCAUGUGAAGCAGGAUUUAUUCCAUGUAGAACUCAAGUUCCUGAAGGCUCCAAUCAUUCAACUUUUAGAAGACUCGUAUGAGGUGGCAGUCAACAUUGAAGAGGUGGUAGAUGUUGCUGAAGAAAAAGAGGAGAAGGCUCAGGAAAACUGCUUGCAGGAGGAACAAAAACUGCAUGGAGCAAUCCCCAAACUUGUGAAGUUUGAUGGCAAAGAUAGGGAGAUUGCAACCCAUUCUCCCCCUGAUAUUUCUUACACAGGGGGCAGCAAUGGUCAGUUUUCUAAGGAGGACUGGUCUUUGGGUCAACCAGUCAGUUUGACCAUCCCACCCAAGCUACCAGUAUCUACCUCAGUAGUACCUAAACGGGAGGCAAGACUUGGCCAGUUCAGGGAUUAUAAUAACACAUGGCCACAGGAGGAUGGACCAUUAGAUUUAUCAAAACCUGUGAAACGAAAAGAGGAGCGAGACGCAAGUAAAGUCACUGUUAACCAUGAAAUGGUUGAGACCAUGUUAAAACCUGAGAAUUUGUUAAAGCCUGAGAAUUAUCCCCACAUGGCGGCACUUGCCUACCAGCAGUGGGCCUUACAAGCUGGCAAUCCGCUGGCUUUCACCUUCCCCAAUCAUGUUUUGAACAAUAUGAACAACAUGAACAAACCACCUGGAGGCAGGCCCCGAGGCAGAGGACGACCUCCUGGCAAGUCCUCAAGUAACUGUAGGUCUGUGAAACACCAGCUUUCAGAAUCCAAGGAAAUCACGUCAUCGCUGCCACGUAGUGCAGACAGUGCCAUUGUAUCCAGUACACAGAGGCAGCUGGGGAGCUCCAAGAAUUCCCUCUCUCCUCAUCAACAUGGUGUCACUGGGCAGGUGUCAGAGGUUGCUGGGACAUCUGCCAUACAGAGACCGCAGUCCCCUCAACUGUCACAGUACAUGACCUACGCUUCCUUCUUACAGAAUACCAUCAGUUCCUCCUCGUCUAGUCUGGACGUGCCCCACGUCAACAGCUCUACCUCUUGUGGCACUCUAGACUCUGCCUCUGAUGAUGAGAUUACCGACCGUCGCACAAACCGUUCAUUUAUUCACCGCCCUAGAGACCGCGGGAAGGCCAUAUUGAGAUCCAGGCAAAUUCGACACGAGAUGGGGUGUGUGAUGUCGUACCUGAAGCAACUGUUACCUCCAGAAAUGCGAUAUGGUAGGACCAUGUUUCAAGCGACAAUACUCGAGCUUUCUACAGACUAUAUCGCAGAGUUGCAGAAACAGGAGAGGGAAAAUCUCCGGUGUUUGGAUAUAGAGAGACAGAGACAUCAGCGCCUCCUAUCUCAGGCUCAGGAAUUAAAGAGAGCUCUGUAUGGGAGCAAUAAUAGUGGGGAAGUGGGGAAGGAACUGGGAGAGAACAUCAAGGAUAUGGAAAGCAAUUGAAAUUUUUUUCCUCAUUAAUUAAAUUAUAAUUGUUUUAGAAGAUGUAGCAGGAGCUAGAAUGCAAUAAUUUUAAUGCCAUAAAAUAUUCACUCAAUUUAUAUAGGCCAAUAUUCAUCAUAUAUUAUAUAUCUUAUAUGGUAGUUUUUUCUAUCUAUACACUGUACGGGUUUAUUUGUAUAUUGAGUGCUAGAUAUUAAAAUUUUAAGACCUUCAUUUAUUCUCAAUUUUAGAUAUUUUGAGAAGGAAAUUGAAUAGAAUGCUUUUUAAGACAUUUUAACUGUUAUUCCCAAAUGAAAAUAGUUAUUUUAGUGAAAUGAGUGUGUUAAACUUGUGUAGUUUUUGGCAACCAUACAACCAGUCUUCUGAACAUCAUCAUCAUUAUCAUAGCAGCCUGUCACACCACUGCUGGCGGUUUAGGUCUUCACAAUCUUCACCACACAUUGCGUGUUUUUGUCCGUGUUGGGUUGAACCUUAAGUCACCACGUUGGUUCAGUGCGGGUUGAUGAGUACUAGAUGCCAGAUUGCUCAAGUAUCAGGACCAUGCGGCAGGUUGCAUGAGGUGACUUUUACUUGUUGCAGGCAGAAUGACCUGACUUAACCUAAGCAUAUCAUUCAGAAUAGCUUGUUUUUGCAUAAAGAGGACAUUGUUCAGUACAAAAAUGUUCUUAUUUUUAAAUAUUAAUUAAACAUUACCUCUAAAUUCUAAGGUAAAAUCUGCAAGGAAUUUAAAUAGAUUCCUUGCUUAUUUAUACAACAAAACAAAAAGCUUACUCCAACUUUUAUCAUUAUAAUAAUUCUCUUCCCUUCUUAAGCAGUGUGUUGAAGCCUUACACUUUUCUUACCUGUAUUCAGUUUUUAUAAAUUUGAAAAUUUUCAAGAAAUUUUAUAGAACUACCUCACAAAAACUUUAACCUCUGUUACACAUCAAUUGAAACAUACUUUCAAAUGUAGAACAUACUACAUUUUAACAAAAUGUCAUUUUUUUAAAGUUGUAGUUCAUUGUGCAACCAUGCAAGUAUUACAUGCUGUAGGUUUAAAAUCAAAUGAAGUUUUUUUUGCUUCCAUAUACUUUAAAACUUAAUUGUACAAUGUGCCAUAGCAGGUUUGCAGUAAUAUCUCUUAAUGCGGAGAAAUCAGGAAAGGCUUUGUUCCCAGAUAUGUUGGUCUUUUUGUAGAAGUAAAUUAUAGGGUGGGUGGGAGUUUACAAUAUGUAUUUGUUUUGAGUGAAUAAUACAGAGUUUGCUUAACAUGCAAGCCACAUUACCCAACUUAUGGAAAUGAUUUCAGUUCUUUACAAAAGUUUUAAUUACAUCUUGAAUACAAGAAAAAUAGCUUGUUGCAGAAACAGCAUUUUAGGGUUUUUUAAAAAUCUUGUUAAGCCUAAUAGGAUAGGUAUUUAUUUUAGAAGUUUUAUUUCAAAAAGACUAAUUAACUGCAUUAUUUUAUGCCUGCCCUCAAUCACUGCCAAUACAACAGCACUGUCAUUGCAUAAAAUUUCUGAAUUACAUGUUUACUGUAAUAAUUGAGAAAAAAAGAUGGAUGCCUUUUGAUUUAAAGUAGUGUACAAAUUAAAGCAUUUUAUAUAAGUGUAGUAUAGAUAAAUUUUCUGCAGCUUUUGUAUUUUGCGUAAUGUUUAAAAUCAUAGAGAUUUGGCAAAUCUUUAUUAGGUUAGUUGGUAUGAGUUAGCAUAUACAUCAUAUAAUCUGUGUUGGAGAACCCCUUUUAAAAUGCUGACUUCGCAGUUAAUAUUGUGGCAUGAAAAUGGGGAAAGAAGUUUGAAUUUCAGGUUUUUGUUGAGUGUAAAAAAACAUUAAGCAGGCCCAAUUGCUGCACAGAGCAUUGUUCUAGAGCAAAUCGGAGCAGAAGUGAGGUUUUGGUGGAGUUAACAUUCAAAAUUAAAGUUGCACUUCGUUGAAAAUUAAAAAAAAAAAAGAGAAGAGAUACCUUGAUUGAAGAUCUGCAGGUAUUUAUGCUUAGAGUACUUGUUACUACUUAACCUUCAGCAUUGUAAAAAAAGUAUUUAAAAGGAUAUUUUAUUGUAUUUUUUGGCUUAUAUUGUGACUAUGAUGAAAUAUCUGUAUGAAGAUAUUAUAAAGAAGACAUGGCUUGAUGAGCUUUUCAAAACGAUAUCGCAUAUAACUUACUUGCAUCAAACUACAUGUAAUCACCCUUGCCAGUAAUUUGGGACUCAUUU